UGAUUUCAACAAAGGCAAUCCACAAAAUGGCAGACCCAGACCAGACAUUUGACGCUCUCCUUGACCUCCUCCGACGUUUGCCUCCUACACGCGUGGAAGAGAACGUCAAUGCGCUUUGUGACCUCGCUCCUGAAUACGCCGAUGAUUUGCUUGGUAAUGUCGAUCAGCCUUUAAAGGUCCUUGUAGAUGAAGAAAAGGCGAGAGAGUUUUUGGGUUGCGAUUAUAACCGUGAUGGUGAUUCGUUCCGAUCGCCAUGGACAAACAACUACCUCCCCGAGCCAGUCCCCGGACCCACUCCAUCUCCACGACUGCGGGAGCUCGAGAUCCAAUUGAACGCGGCAUUUGACACUUAUCGCGAGAUGUACUUUGAAGGCGGUGUAUCCAGUGUUUACUUGUGGGAUCUUGAUGAUGAGCCCCAAGGAAAGGAAAUGAAUUUUGCCGGUGUUGUUCUCGUCAAGAAAACUCUUCAAUCCCAAUCAGGCGUCCCCACUGCGCCUGCCGGGUCCUGGGACUCUCUCCACGUAUUUGAAUGCCAUGAACGCGGCCGUUCAGCCAAAUACAAGCUGACGAGUACUGUGAUGCUCGUCCUCGAAACUGCUACCCUUGCCAAGGCUGAGAAUAAGGGGCCUGAAGAUAGCGACGGCAAAGGAGGAGUAACUUUGAGCGGCAGCAUGACAAGACAGGCUGAGAUUGAUUAUCCCUUAACGACUCCUCAAGGUCACAUUAGCAAUAUUGGUCGGAUAGUUGAAGACAUGGAAAUUAAGAUGCGCAACCUUCUUUCCGCUGUCUACUUUGGCAAGACAAAAGAUGUUAUCAACGACCUCAGGAGUCAAAGUGGCUUGGAAGCCAAAUCGAAGGAAGAUCUCUUGAGGGCCGAAUUGGCUGGAAAGUUGGGUGGGAGGAAAUGAGCUGAACAUUAUGAAAUGUGUAUUUUAGGCUAGUAACCAAUGCAGACCAAUGUCCAUCUCCUCAUGUCUAAGUGCAUCAGAACCUUCAGUAGGUGCGGCCGACGUCUCUGAUGAUGGCCCGUGAUCAGUCGGUGAAGCCAGGGUUGUUGAAGAGACGUCAGAUGGGGACUCGGUAACGUCAGGGGAAGGACCGUCGUCGGUGGGGGAGGCGAGAGUAGUAGAGCUCGUUGCAGAGGAUGAAGAGGUGGUCGGUCGAGGCUUACGAGGGGCCUUUUUCUUCUGGAGAGUCAAGACCUGUAAAAAUUCGCCUUCCCUUCUCCUGCAGUUCUCUGACUGUGAUGACCGGGUCCUUAGUCUUGUCUCCGUCCAGAGUUACUUGCACCUUCAUCUUUUCAUCGAUGAACUGAGUGUACUCUUUUAAGAGCGCUUCGACACCCUUCAACUCUUCUUCUGUAUGCUUGGGAGGCGCCACUGGGUCCUCGGGAGUAGCGGUGGCAGCAGCUUCCAUAGCCUUCGUGUAGUUAGUUUGAGCGUCAAUGAAGAAGGCACGAG